UUAAUCAAAGAUUUUUGUAGUUAUUUCCAUUUGCUCGUCGUUGCCAUUUACUCAGUCCGGGGUUAAUUUGCUAACGUUAGCCUGCUAAAGCUAUCUUGCCUCAGUUAUCGUUAGCGCCAAAGCAAACUGUUGUUGAUACGUUACAAGCUAUGUUGUCUCGACCUACACUUUGAAAAAAAUUUCGGUGAAUUGAAAUGCUUUGGUCAGAGUAACGUUAGCCAGCAGGUGAUACAGCCCACAAAAUGCCUUCACCUCAAGUCCUCCAGCCGGUGCUUAAGAUGAAGGUGGACGAGCUCUUCCUCAAUUGGUUGAGUGAGCCCACCACACAGUCAGUCCUCAAAGAUUACCUGGAUUUAAUCAAGAGUGGCCAAAGCAUUGAUUUGGAGUGUGUGGACAACAAGGACAAGAGGUCAUUGACCUUCAAUGAUAACAACAAUGUGGCAUCCCAGAGGAACCUGGCAGAGAGGAAGCCUGCUCCACUCAGUACUCCCUCCAGCCCCCCAUCCAGCCACACACUGCCCUCUGGGAGUAGCAGUAACGUCAGGGUAACAGGACCUAAUGGCAGAGUUCUGCGGAGGUCUGUCAGCACAAAAAAGGCCCAGGUGAAGACGGAGGAACCCGUCACCACAGCGCUGAGUGAAAGCAUUCCAAAGUUUUACUUCCCGCGGGGUCGGCCCAAAGCCAACCUCAACAUCGACAGCCUCAUUUCCAAGAUUGAGAAAAUAUUUUCCCAAUUCCCCAGUGAAAGAGCCACCAUUGAGGACAUGGGGCAAGUUGCCAAGGCCUGUGAGUGCCCUCUCUACUGGAAAGUUCCAUUGUUCUGCUCUGCUGGAGGCGACAGGACCGGCUUCGUGUCCGUUCACAAGUUCGUGGCCAUGUGGAGAAAAACUCUGCAGACCUGUCACGAUGACGCUUCUAAAUUUGUGCACCUCUUGGCCAAGCCUGGCUGUAAUUACCUGGAACAAGAGGACUUUAUUCCAUUCCUGCAGGAUGUGGUGAACUCUCACGCAGGCCUGGCCUUUCUAAAGGAGGCAUCGGAUUUUCACUCACGUUACAUAACCACGGUGAUUCAGAGGAUAUUCUACACAGUGAACCGAUCAUGGACUGGCAGAAUUACAUGCUCGGAGCUCAGGAAAAGCAACUUUCUUCAGAAUGUGGCCUUGCUGGAGCAGGAAGACGACGUGAACCAGCUGACAGAAUUCUUCUCCUAUGAACAUUUCUAUGUCAUCUACUGCAAGUUCUGGGAGCUUGACACUGACCAUGACCUCUACAUAGACCAGAGGGACCUGGCACGGCACAAUGACCAAGCCAUCUCCCAUAAAAUGAUAGAAAGAAUAUUCUCAGGAACAGUAACAAGGGACAGACGGGUGUACAAGGAGGGGCGGCUCAGUUAUGCUGAUUUUGUGUGGUUCCUCAUUUCUGAAGAGGACAAGAAGACUGACACCAGUAUAGAGUACUGGUUCCGCUGUAUGGACUUGGACGGGGACGGGGUGCUCAGUAUGUAUGAGCUGGAAUAUUUCUACGAGGAGCAGUGUCAGAAGCUGGAGACCAUGGCUAUCGAGCCCCUGCCUUUCGAGGACUGCCUCUGCCAAAUGCUCGACCUUGUCAAGCCAGAGAUCGAAGGUAAGAUCACUCUGCGGGACCUGAAGAGGUGCAAGAUGUCCCACAUCUUCUUUGACACAUUCUUCAACAUCGAGAAGUAUCUGGACCACGAGCAGAAGGACCCCUUCUCUGUAUUAAGGGAGACAGAGGCAGAGGGCCAGGAGCUCUCUGACUGGGAGAGGUAUGCUUCAGAGGAAUAUGACAUCCUCGUGGCUGAGGAGGCUGCCAAUGAUCAGUGCAACGAAGUGUAUGAUAACCCUCUGAGCCCCUUAGGGCAACACAUUUCCAGCGAGCUGGAUCUGAGGACAAAGAGACACUUCUUUGAGAUCCCCACUCCACACUGCAACCUGGACCUGGAUGAUUAUGAGUAUGAGGAUGACUUUGAAUGACCCCCUUGACCUUGUAACUUCAAACGUCACAAACCUGCUAAGCACCGGGCAGCACUCCAAGGGACGGAGGACAGACAGCGUUAGCAGCUGAAGCGCACCAAGUCAGAGACACACAGGUUCAGGCCCGGCCCAUCGUACGCGACAAGACACACAAACAGGAAGUGAAUGCUAAACUAAAGGACAAAUGGUCUUUACACUGCUGAAUACACAGACACAUUAUCAGACAUCUGACCAUGCAUGACACUGUGAACAAGAGGAGGGCACACAAGGAACGGGACAAGAAGUAGAAAGUAGACAGGGCAGGCCCGGAAGGUAAUUUCCCCAACGGAUGCUUUAGUGUUUUCACUUUUCACAGCCUCACAAACCAGUUCACCCUUUAGAUUCUUUUGCACUGGCCUCACAUUUUUACCCCAAAAAGUUCAGUGUUUUGCAGCUGUAAUGUUUGGGAAGGUUGCUGCAUCUGAAUACCAGUAACAAGCGACUGCAGGAGGCUCUGAGUUCCCACUGGUGUUAACCACAGUCAUGUCACGCACUUAACGGGAGCUCACUGAGGCGUGCAUGAAUUACCAAACAAACCAGUUUCAAUUGGUGCACGUUUUGAACUAAUUCACAUUUUAGGAUAUUGGCUAAUCUUACAUUCCAGAGAUGAAAACUGAACACUCUCUGU